AUGAAUGAGCACGCCCCCAGCGUACACGUGAGGGAGAGAGCAGAGAAUCCAAACCCGGACUUGUCUGCUCGGAACAAACCCGAUUUCAUACUCGAUGUUACGUCCGGGAAGCUUUGGUAUUGGAGUAUUACCCUCCGGCUGCAUUCGGGUCAAAUAGAAACAAAACGAUUGUUGAAGAGACAGAGAGGCUAUGUGGUCGUGAAGCUCUUGAGUCACUCCAAAACCACCAAAGAUUUACCAAUUCCUUGUUACCAAACAUCACUAAUCUCUCCAUUCAUCUUCAAUCGAUUCACCAACGUGAGUAGUUACCUUAAUUUCAACAGAUCGGUCGUUAUUCGGAGGGAAAAUGGUUUGUGUUGA